GCAUCAACAAACGCCUGCAUGCUGGACCGUGAAGCUAAGCGGCUACCUGUGUUUCCAGGUCCCGAAUCAGAAGAAAUGAUCAUUAUGGCGACCCGUGUUUGAAGCUCACCACGAGCUUCCAAACUGUCUUGCUCUGUGGCGAAGCGCUGCCGGAUGACUGAGGUCUGAACUGACAAGGAUGGCUGGUGUGUUCGAUAUCGACCUGGAGACUGAGGACGUCAGUGACACUGAGGAUGACGUGUGUGACUUCACAGCGGCUGAACAGGAAAAUGUCCAGACCGAAGAGGUGGAGCUGACCAGUGACAGCGUGAACCGAGACAGCGAGAGAGUGGGGCCAGACUGCUUUGAGCUGCUCACGGUGUUGGGAAAGGGAGCGUAUGGCAAGGUCUUCCAGGUGAGGAAAGUUCAAGGUGCUCAGAUGGGGAAAAUAUUUGCCAUGAAGGUUCUCAGGAAGGCAAAGAUUGUGUGUAACGCCAAGGACACGGCGCACACGCGAGCAGAGCGGGAGAUCCUGGAGACCGUGCGGCACCCGUUCAUCGUGGACCUCCUCUACGCCUUCCAGACCGGAGGGAAACUGUAUCUCAUUCUCGAAUGCCUAAGUGGGGGGGAGCUGUUCAUGCAGCUGGAGAAGGAGGGAAUCUUCAUGGAGGACACGGCCUGCUUCUACCUGGGGCAGAUCACUCUGGCUCUGGGUCACCUCCACUCCAAUGGUAUUAUUUACAGAGACCUCAAACCAGAAAACAUCAUGCUCAAUCACCAAGGACACAUCAAGCUCACAGACUUCGGGCUCUGCAAGGAAUCGAUUCAUGAUGGAUCAGUCACACAUACUUUCUGUGGAACCAUUGAGUACAUGGCCCCGGAGAUUCUGACCAGGUCGGGUCACAACAGGGCGGUGGACUGGUGGAGCCUCGGCGCUCUGAUGUACGACAUGAUGACCGGAUCACCUCCGUUCACCGCUGGAAAUAGGAAGAAAACCAUUGAUAAGAUCCUCAAGUGUAAACUCAACCUGCCUCCCUAUCUGACCAUCGAUGCCCGAGACCUCGUCAAGAAGCUGUUGAAGAAGAAUCCGGCUCAAAGACUCGGCUCCAGUAAAUCUGACUGUGCAGACAUUCAGAAACAUCCGUUCUUCAGGCACAUCAACUGGGACGACCUUCUGAACAAGCGAGUGGAGCCGCCCUACAAACCUCAGCUGCACUCGGAGGAGGAUGUGAGUCAGUUCGACUCCAGGUUCACCAGACAGACGCCAGUGGACAGUCCGGACGACACCACGCUGAGCCACAGUGCUGAGCUCGCCUUCGCCGGCUUCACCUACGUGGCUCCUUCGGUGCUAGAGAGUCUGAAAGAAGGUUUCUCUUUCGAGCCUCGACCCCGAGCUGUUCGCCGACACAACAGCAGCCCUCGCACACCCAUCAGUCCCCCCAAGUUCUGCUCAGCAGGCCCCUUCAAGUCCAGCCUGGACCCGGAGCUGGACCUCUUCUCGCCGACCUCUCCACCAGCAGCGGCCCCGUCACCCCUGGACGGAGCUGCCACCCAGCCCAUCAGGACCCCGGCCAGGAACAAGAAACAGAGGGGCUACCGCAGAUGAGCUAGGGGGCGCCGAGUUCUGCAGUGUUAUUUAUAUGGAACACCGACGGCUUUGUUUCAGCCGUGUGUAAUAAUCGGGCUUGACAAAACAGCUUCAGGUAAACACAGGAACCACUCGACCUCUUCAGGACUUUUUUAACCGAUACGUGGAACAAAACUGCCUCAGAGUUCCAGGACUUCACUCACAAAAGUAAUAUAUUGCUCUGCAUCGUUCAGAUGGACCAUGUUAUCUGGGUUCAUCAUUUUAAACCACUGAAUAAAACAUUG